CAAACGCAUAUCCAGCGCGGCCAAACGAACACUAAAACUGCCGUCUUUUGACCUGGCCCUUUCCCGCGUCACUAGAAAAUUCCUUCCCUCUUUCGCAACUCCUCACUCCUUGUACCUAUUCCUUUCUUGCAACACUCUCCAAAGACCCUUUCAAGCCCCCCACUCAUCACCACCGCCAUUACCACCACCGCUCAACCCUCAAAAACAAAACACCACUGACUCCUUCCCUCCCUGACCCCUGUCUUAAUACUCUCAGUUUUCUGCCUCUGUUACCAUUAUAUGCAAUUCACCACCAUGCCAUUUCUUUCUUUCAUCUUCAUUAUAAUCCUUUCUCUUUUCUCUCUUUCUGUUUCUCAAUUCCCUCCUCCCAGAGGAACUCUAAUUAAUUGCGGUGGCACCGCCCCUUCAAUAAUCGCCGGCCGUCAAUGGCUUCCGGACACCGGAUUCAUCUCCGAAGGGACUCCCAAGAACCUUACUAUCCCAGUACUUUCCCCUAUCCUCUCCACCGUCCGAUCAUUCUCUAUGAAGAACAAUAUUCAUCACAAGUCCUGCUACGUGGUUCCGGUUUUCCGCGGCGCCAAGUACAUGAUCAGGACAACGUACUUCUAUGGAGGGAUCAACGGCAACGCUGCGCCGCCAGUGUUCGAUCAGAUUGUAGACGGAACUUUCUGGAGCGUGGUGAAUACAACGGAGGAUUAUGCCAACGGCAUGUCGUCGUAUUAUGAAGGGGUUUUUCUGGCUCAGGGGAAGACUAUGAGUUUGUGUAUCGGGGCAAAUUCGUACACGGAUUCAGACCCGUUUAUUUCGGCAUUGGAGUUCGUGAUUUUGGGGGGUUCAUUGUAUAAUUCCACUGAUUUUAAGCGAUAUGGCCUUAGCUUGGUUGCCAGGCACAGUUUUGGAUACAGUGGAUCCAUAAUUCGAUAUCCUGAUGAUCGGUUUGAUCGGUUUUGGGAGCCAUUUGGGGACAAAGAUCCCACCACAUCGGAAAACAAAAAUCUAUCCAUUUCCGGUAUCUGGAAUCUUCCUCCGUCGAAGGUAUUUGAAACGGAGUUGACAGCAAGUCAAUCUGGUCCCCUGGAGUUGAGGUGGCCUCUGGUUCCCCUUCAGAAUUCCAUGUACUACAUUGCUUUAUACUUUGCAGAUGAUCGUAAUUCAUCUUUUGGGCCUUCAAGAGGGUUCAAUGUCAGCAUAAAUGGGAUAACAUAUUACAAAAAUUUUAGCGUGACACAAACAGGCGCUGCUAUCUUUGCAACGCAGUGGCCCCUUGGCGGCCUUACAAAUAUAACUUUGACUCCUUCUGCUGGUUCUAGCUUUCCUCCAUUGAUCAAUGCUGGAGAGGUUUUUCAGGUGAUGGUGCUUGGAGGAAGAACUCUUACAAGAGAUGUAAUCGCUUUGGAAAAACUUAAAAGCAGUCUCCAGAACCCUCCAUUUGACUGGAGCGGUGAUCCCUGUAUGCCUCGUCAGUAUUCAUGGACUGGAAUUACAUGCUCUGAGGGCCCCCGGAUUCGUGUGAUUUCAUUGAAUCUGACAAGCAUGGGCCUUUCAGGAUCAGUGUCACCAAGUCUUGCGAGAUUGACUGCAUUGACGGACAUCUGGCUUGGAAAUAACAGUUUGUCAGGUUCAAUACCUGAUCUCGGUUCAUUAAAGAUGCUGCAAACAUUGCAUUUGGAAAACAAUCAAUUCACUGGAGAGAUCCCCUUAUCAAUUGGAAGUAUUAAGAAUCUGCGUGAACUAUUUUUACAGAACAAUAAUCUGACUGGUCAAAUUCCGAAAAGUCUUACUGGAAAAUCUGGGCUGGACCUUAGGACCUCUCCCGGAAAUCAGUUAUCAUCUCCAACACCUUCUUGAGCAAAAACAAUCAUUGCACCCAAGGCAAAGUUGACAAGGAUGCUUUUAUCAUCAAGCUGGAUUUCAAUCAUUUGAUUGUGAUUAUAUAUUUUGUCUAGAAAUCUAGAGUUUUGAAAAUUUUGCUGUUGAAAGCUUUCUCUGAUUUGCUGGAAGUUCUGCGGCAUCAGCUAUCUGUGGUUUGACCUUAUAGAAGCUCCUCAAUUCAAGUUGGGGCAUUCACAACUGUAUACUUAAAGGUGGUUGUUCAUGUCAAGUCAAUCUGAUUCUUUUUAAACACAGCGUAACUAAAUCAUGCUCUCAACCUGUAUGUAAAUUACAAGUCCAUAUGCAGUCAUUCUUUAAUGUGUAUUUUUUCUUUCUUUGUUUUUUUUAAAAUUUUUUUUUCUUUUAUGUAAUAUGAAACAGCUGUUUCCUAGAAUUUAUAAAGUGACAGACUGACAGGUUUUGAUCAUUUGCUGUGGCUUAAUUUCUUGUAUCAUUCAGUUGCACUUGCUAUACAACGGUGAAGUCCCAAGCCUUCUGUUUGUUUA